AAAUCGUGGCCGGAGUCGCACCGACGAAGACUUCUAAUCUCAUCAGAAAUCUGAACGGACCGUCAUUAACGACGCAAAUCUCUGCGAAAGCAAACGAGCAAUAAAAAAGGGGAGAAAAUCUCGUUCUUCGAUACUCCGACAUUCCAUUGUUUACUCUGUUCUCGAGCUUGUACUUCUGCUUCUUAAUCGCACUUUUUGAAGUUCAAAUCAACUGAAGAAGCUUCGUUCUUCUCCGUUUUGAGCGGCAUCGGAUUGUCCGGCGGUUCGAGUUUCUGCUCAAUAACUUGCAAGGGUGGAGGUGUUCCCCACUACAAUGAAGGACGGGCAUUGAUUUUGGUUAGGCUUGAAUCUGGGAAAGCUGAUCUAUAAUAAGCAGAUGUCUCUGGGGUUGUUUACAGCUUCUGCCAAAGUUUUUCUGUGAGUUUUUGCCCAGAUGGGGACACCUCGCCGCAGCUCAACUGUUAGAAAACCCAAUGAAACUAUGAGGCUUGUAGUAACAACUUUUGUUGGGAUUGUAUUUGGGUUCUUCUUAGGUGUUACCUUCCCCGCACUGUCAUUGACAAAAAUAAACUUGCCAUCGAGUCUGUUCCCUUCCAUUGAUCUUAAUUAUAUAGAGGACAAGUACUCUGGUCUCUCAACUCAAGCUUUGUUAAAUGUCUUAUCUUCCCUGAAGGGCACCAGAGGUAGCUCUUUCAAAGACAAUAGUACAAAGAUUUGGGUUCCGACAAAUCCCCGAGGUGCCGAGAGGCUACCCCCAGACAUUGUUACAGCUGAAACUGAUCUUUACCUUCGACGACUUUGGGGCCUACCCAGUGAGGACUUGAUCACCAAGCCAAGAUAUCUUGUUACAUUUACAGUUGGCUAUGAACAGAAAAAAAACAUUGAUGCUGCAGUGAAGAAGUUCUCAGAUGACUUUACCAUUGUAUUGUUUCACUAUGAUGGUCGGACAACCGAAUGGGAUGAAUUUGAGUGGUCAAAGAAGGCCAUCCAUGUCAGUGUGUUGAAGCAAACUAAAUGGUGGUAUGCAAAACGGUUUUUGCACCCCGACAUUGUAGCACCCUAUGACUAUAUAUUCAUUUGGGAUGAGGACUUGGGGCUUGAAAAUUUUGAUGCAGAGGAGUAUAUUAAAUUGGUGAAGAAACAUGGCUUAGAAAUUUCACAGCCUGGUCUAGCACCAAAUAGUGGGUUGACUUGGCAAAUGACAAAGAUGCGAGAAGACACUGAAGUUCACAAAGAAACUGAGGAAAGACCUGGUUGGUGUGCUGAUCCACAUCUACCACCUUGUGCAGCGUUUGUUGAGAUCAUGGCACCUGUAUUUUCUAGGGAUGCAUGGCGUUGUGUCUGGCAUAUGAUACAGAAUGAUCUGGUUCAUGGAUGGGGUCUUGAUUUUGCUCUUAGAAAAUGUGUUGAGCCUGCCCAUGAAAAAAUAGGAGUUGUAGAUUCCCAGUGGAUUGUGCAUCAAACUGUUCCUUCACUCGGGAACCAGGGUAAAGCAGAGAAUGGCAAAGCACCAUGGGAAGGGGUAAGAGAAAGGUGCAGAAGAGAAUGGGCAAUGUUUCAGGAUCGCGUGGCUGCUGCUGAGAAGGCCUAUUUCGAGGCAAUGGGAAUCGAUCCACCUAACUCCACAACUCGUUAGGCAGACAGACAACCCACCUGAGCGGAACAAUGUGAGGCUAUGCAGGGCUGCCAAACCCUUUACCUAGUAGAGUUGACUAUAGUAGGUGGUGCUCCAUAGGUUGAAAAAGUCAAUAGUUCCAUUAAUUCAAUCUAGUUUUGAUGGCAGCCCCUACAAGCAUCUUGUGUGAUGUUGAUGAUGUAGUCUUUGAAUGUUUUGUUCAUUUUCAGUCUCUCCAGCUCUUACUGCUGGGCGUGUGUAUGUAUUAUCUUGUUGAAUUUGAUAUCUGAAUUUUUUUAUUGAAUGAAUUUUUGAGCUUUUUAGCCAAAAAA